CAUCAGUGCAUCAGUCAAAAACAAAAAUUCCGUAAGAGUACAAGUUAUAUCAACAAAAGCGGUUACUCGAAAAUUAGCGGAUGAAGAGGAAUGAAGCAGAUCCACUUAAAAUUUUUUCAUGCAGUGAAAAAGUCGGCUUGUGAAAAUUUAAAGUCAGUCAAAUAGUGAAAAUAUUUAAGAAGUGCAUAAAAAUGAAAUGUAAAAGUGCAUGAAUUGGUGGAACGUAGAAUAUCGACUUUAAAUGUCGGUCGGAAAAGUGCAUGAAAAAAAAACAAAUUGAUGCAAGAGUAGCUGCAAUGUGAACAAGAAAAAAGUUGGUGGAGCAUAGUAGAAUAGAAGAAAAAGUCUGUGUACUGUAAAAACAAAAGUGCAAUAACGCAAUAAUAAAGUGAAAAAGUGCAUAACAAUUUCAAUAAGCGCUUAGUUUGCGAAUGGAAUUAAAUAAAUUAAUAAAUGUUAAUAGAGAGCUUUGCUAAUUACUCAACUACUUUGUAAUCGCAUACGUUCACCAUCCUGCCUGCCCGUUAUAGCCUGCCUACAAUUACAAGAAAAAUAAACAAACAUAAAACUGAUAUAAAUAGUAGUCAAAUAACUACUCAGCCAACAACAACAACUACAACGGACUUAGAAGCGCUUCAAUCAAUUCAAUUCAACCAUCAAUUCAUCUAUUCAUAGCGGCAUAUAGUACUAUAGUGCACGCCGAGUACGGACUGUCGUCAUUCGUGGGCAUAUUCAUAGAAAUAUAGCUACGAGUGGCAUCCGCUGAGUGCUUGCUGCUUCUUCUACUCUCUCUUACUACCUUCAUGUUGCAGACCUUUGGCUUUUAUAAUCAUUAGCCAGUUUUUUUUGUGUACUGCUCGUCUUUAAACGUGCAAUGGCAACAUGGAUAACGAACAGCCACAUCAGGAAUUAGUGAAGUGCGUUCUAGUUGGUGAUACUGCCGUGGGGAAGACGCGUUUAAUUUGCGCACGCGCAUGCAAUAAACAUGUUUCGCUGUCACAGCUGCUCUCGACACAUGUGCCCACAGUUUGGGCUAUCGAUCAGUAUCGAAUCUACAAGGACGUGCUUGAGCGAUCUUGGGAGGUAGUGGAUGGUGUAAAUGUGUCGUUACGACUUUGGGAUACGUUUGGUGACCAUGACAAGGAUCGCAGAUUUGCUUAUGGGCGAUCUGAUGUCGUCCUUCUAUGCUUCUCUAUUGCCAGCCCCAUAUCGUUGCGCAAUUGUAAAGCCAUGUGGUAUCCAGAGAUACGUCGUUUUUGUCCAGAUGUGCCGGUCAUAUUGGUAGGAUGUAAGAACGAUUUACGCUAUAUGUAUCGUGACGAAACGUAUCUGUCAUACUUUGGCGAACGGAGUACCUUUGUGCGGGCUGCGCUCAAGAGUGAUCUCGUAAUGCCCGAUGAAGCACGUGCCGUUGCAAAGGAGCUUGGCGUAGCCUACUACGAAACCAGCGUAUUCACCUAUUUCGGAGUGAAUGAAGUAUUCGAGAAUGCCAUACGUUCGGCGUUGAUUGCACGCCGACAGCAACGUUUCUGGAUGACGAAUUUGAAGAAAGUGCAAAAACCGUUGCUGCAGGCACCAUUCCGACCGCCCAAACCGCCACCACCAGAAGUCACCGUAGUGGUGGGCAAUUACAGACAAGACAUGUACAACAUGUUAAUUUCGCAAACCCACACGGAUCUCAUACUGGUGGUGGGUACGAGUAAAUUUCCGGUGCAUCGGUUUAUGUUAGCGGCUGCGUCGAACGUCUUUUAUCGGCUAUUGAAUACGGAGCUAACGGAUAUGGGUGGAAGGAGUAGUAGUGAGUCGAGUAUGGUGAGUGUGAGUUCCACAUUUGGCGAAGCGACCACGGCGGAUUUUAAUGACGAUACUGAAUGCUUGAUACGGCACGAAUCACGUACCCAGAGAAUGUGGGAACAGCUGAAGCGUCGUUCCAGCUAUCAGGCCUUACCGCUAAUCGAAACCAAAAAGCCCAGUGAUCUCUAUAAGGACCUGCAUCAUCCCAUUUUCCAAAAUAUGCGCUUAGUGCAGAUCGAAAAUAUGCGUGGCAUUAAUGUAACACAAACGAUUGUCACACUGACAAAGCUCAUAACACCGCAAGCGCUGCAGCAGUGUCUGCAGUUCAUAUAUACCGGCACAAUUGAAAGAGAAUUUCACAAUUUGCAGGAAAUUAAACAAGCUGCUGAUUUCUUAGAACUGCCUCAAUUGACUUUAUUACUUUCCAAGCCACAAACUAUUCUAGCCAGUCUAAAUGAUGAACCAAAUCAACACUUUUGUUUUAGUAUUAAAGAGAAUAUGGAGAAGCAUUGUAUUGGCGAUGGUUGCUUCAGUGAUGUCACCUUCGAGCUGGACGAUGGUCAAAUGAAGGCACAUCGCGCUAUUUUAGUUGCACGCUGUGAUGUUAUGCGCGCCAUGUUGGCUGGAGAUUUUCGUGAGGCGCACUCAAGUGUAAUCGUCUUUCCCGGCGUCACGAUUUAUACGUUUCAUAAGCUGCUCUGCUAUUUGUACACAGAUGAAAUACCUCCAAUUUCCGCAGACAAAUGCUUAAAUCUUUUAGAAUUGGCCAAUCGUUUAUGUUUGCCACGGCUAUUAAAUUUGGUAGAAUGUCGUGUCAUUGAAGAUUUGACAAUGAUUUCGCAGAAUGAAACAAAUGAAACGGUCGAUCAUUGUUUAAAGUUACUGGAACCAGUAAAGCUGCACAAUGCUCAUCAAUUGGCCGAAUGGUGUAUGUCAUACCUGUGUGUCAAUUACAAUAUAAUUUGUAAAUUCUCACUCAAAGGCCUCAAAGCGCUGCAUCAGGAUAAUCAAGAGUACUUGCGUGAACAUCGUUGGCCGCCAGUAUGGUAUUUGAAGGAUUACGAUUACUACCAGCGAUGUAUAAAUGAAAUGAAUAAGGAGCUAAAGAAUUCACGGCGUGAUUCACGUAGUGAUGAUGAAGGUUGCCUCUGCUUUACGGGGGUGUUCUCUUGGAUACUAGGCAGCAGCAGUGGUGGUAAAUCGAAGCGCGGCAACGAUCCCAAUAGCAAUGGUGGCGGUGGUACCGGUGAGCAUAGCACAACAGAUAAUCAAAUUUUCAACAGCACAGCGAAUUCGAUGAAUCACAUUGACUUGGAGGCGGCUGAGGUGGACUUGAAUCUCUGACAUCCAGCCAUCGGGCAAAGGAGGUAGGUGCUUCGAGAUCACUGCGUUUCAUUGUGAUUUUGCCCGUGCUGAUUUGUUUUAUUUGUACAAUUUUAAGUAUUUUAAUACUAUUUCAAAUUUAUACAUAACAAUACCAAAAUUGUUAUAUACCGAAUGCAGAGUAUGCUAAUAGCAGCAUAAGAUACAGAAACCAGCAGCACCAACAGCAAGAGCAAUUCGUUAGCGUGCAGCAAAGGGCGCAACAGCAUACAGAGCAAGGGCAGAAGCAACUGCAAAAUGCAAAAACAGAAGCAGUCAAAAGCGAAGAAAUAUGACCAAAAUAUGUAAUUAAACAACAGCAAGAGCAAGUAUUAAUAACAUUUGCAAAAUAUAAUUCAAGCCUAAACCGUUCAGAUAAAUAAAAAACAAAAACAAAAACCAAUAAAGCCAAGUCGAGCAAUCGUACGUUAUCAAAUUUUUGAAUAAGAUGCAACCACAUUCAAUUUACACACUGACAAAAAUCUUUUUAAAGCUAUGCGCUGAUUAGCAGCUGAUACCAAAUAAUCUUCUCAAAAUGUAUACAAUAUUUAAAUCAAUUACCAAAAACACCAGCAAACUAUGAGCAAUAUAAAUGUCUACAAAACGGAAAUAAUACAAGCAUUCGCAAAACUUAAACCAGCAAUAGUUGAAUUCUGAGUGUAACCCAGUAAGAAUAGCAAAAAAUGGGAAUAUGAAAAAGCGCUAUAAAUAGGGAAACUAUUGUCUAGCCAUUAGCCAUGUAAGCGAUACACAAAUAUCAAACCGAGGAAGAUAAUAAAUACUUGAAUGCAUAUAUAAAAGUAAUUGAGAAGAAACAGUACUAAUUGUAAUUGUAAUCCAUGACGUAGCAACUAAAAAUGGCAAAAACAAAAAACUGCAAAAAAAAGAAACAGAAAACUAAUUUUAGUGCCAGCUAGCCUAAUAUAAAACGGAGCAAUUCUCUACUUUAGAUGCCAGAAAAUAGGUACAAUAAAAAUAUGUAAGCAAACAUUUUUAUUAUAACUUAAAAAUUCAUAUGUUAGGGGUUUCCUUAGUUAUAAGCGCUGCUAAGCGAUAAGUUUGGUGAAAUAAUCGAAAAGGAACACAAAUGCCGUAUGAUAUAACAUAUGCACAAAAUAGUUCAAUUUAAAAAAAAAAAAAAUAAAAAAAAAAAAAAAAUAAAAAAAAAAAAAAAAAAAAAACAUUCGCUUCGCUAAAGACCUUUUAAUAAAUAAUGUACCCGAAACUCGGCAACAUCAGGAACAUUGUGAUCCAUAGGUAUUUACAUAAAAAAAUGUUUUGAUUUUAUAACGAAUAUAUUUCUUGAGAGGCAUUAACCACUUUUCCACCUCGCUUAAGGGGUAAUACCACUGUAGAAAUUUCAAAAAAUUGAUUUUUUUUUUUAUAAGCUUAAAAAAUUCUUUGAACCUUUUAAAAUACAGAACAAAAAGUUUUAUACGUUACCGAAGUCUAUUUCAUAAAUAUUUUAAGCUUUUAACCAAGCGUUAGUGACUGCAACCUAACGACUUCUCCAAAUUUCCAAACUUUAAACGCGUUUUUCUCAAAACACGUUUUCUGAAAUUGGCACGCAGUAUAACUCAAACAAUUUUUAAUAUUUUUAAUCAGGUUUUUCACUACGUCUGUAUAAUAACCUUCUUAAGAGA